AUGGAGAUUUAUCUCAGAGAGCAGUUAUCCGAGCGGAUCAUGUUCCUUGACGGAGCUAUGGGCACAGUUAUUCAAAAUUUACAUCUGACCGAACAAGAUUUUAGGGGAGAAAGAUUCAAAAAUCACUCAAAGGAUCUAAAAGGAAACAAUGAUAUACUGGUAUUAACGCAACCGGAACAUAUUAAGCAAAUUCACAUUCAAUAUUUGGAAGCUGGAUCGGAUUUUGUUGAAACAAACACUUUUAGUAGUACUCGUAUUAGUCAAGCUGAUUAUUCUGCUGAGGAAUAUGCCUAUGAAUUAAAUAAAGAGGCUUCCAGAUUAGCAAAAGAAGCUUGCAUAGAGAUCACAGCAAGAAAUCCGACCAAACCGAGAUUCGUUUGUGGGGCUCUUGGACCAACGAAUAGGACGUGUUCUAUUUCCCCAUCAGUCGAAAAUCCUGCCUACAGGAAUGUAACAUUUGAUGAAUUAGUUGAUGCGUAUACCGAGCAAGUGAGAGGUCUUCUAGAUGGUGGUGCCGAUAUAUUGUUGGUGGAAACCAUUUUUGACACAUUAAACGCAAAAGCGGCACUUUACGCGAUUGAUACACUUUUUGAAGAGGGUAUCUAUAGGAGAACCCCGAUUUUUAUUUCGGGUACCAUCGUUGACCAAUCUGGUCGUACACUAAGCGGCCAGACUGGUGAAGCUUUCUUGACUAGCCUUAGUCAUUCAUCUCCUCUGGCCAUUGGACUAAAUUGCGCCUUGGGUGCUGAUCAAAUGCGACCAUUCAUUUCCAACAUCUCGAGAUUCACCAGCUCUUUCGUGAUUUGUUAUCCAAACGCGGGAUUACCAAAUACUUUUGGCGAAUAUGAUGAAACGCCUGCAAAAAUGGCUGCUAAAGUUAGCGAAUUUGCUAGAGACGGUCUUGUUAACAUUAUUGGUGGUUGCUGCGGUACCACGCCCGCUCAUAUUAAAGCCAUAGUAAAUGAAUGCUCCCAAUAUAAACCUCGAAUUCCACCACCGAACGUGCUGUCAGAAAAUCUGAUUGUUUCUGGCCUUGAAAUUUUAAAAAUCAACAAAGAAAGUAAUUUCAUAAAUGUAGGUGAAAGAUGUAAUGUAGCGGGUUCUCGGAAGUUUGCCCGUCAUGUGCUCAAAGGAGAAUUUGAAGAAGCAAUGUCAAUAGCACGUUCUCAAGUUGAAAAUGGAGCUCAAAUAAUUGACGUUAACAUGGAUGAAGGGAUGUUGGAUGGAAAAGCUUCUAUGACCAAAUUUCUUAAUUUGAUUGCCAGCGAUCCAGACGUAGCAAAGCUCCCGCUAAUGAUUGACUCUUCAAACUUUGAAGUCGUUCUGGCCGGGUUAAAAUGUGCACAAGGAAAAUGUAUCGUAAAUAGCAUCAGCCUGAAGGAAGGUGAAGAAGACUUCAUUAAGAAGGCAAGAAUUAUUCGAAGAUUUGGUGCCGCUGUGAUUUGCAUGGCUUUUGACGAGCAAGGUCAAGCCGACAUAAAGGAUCGAAAAAUCGAAAUAUGUGCAAGGUCUUAUAAGAUAUUAACCGAAAUAGUUGGGUUCAAUAAAAAUGACAUCAUUUUUGAUCCAAAUAUAUUAACCAUAUGCACGGGCAUGGAAGAACAUAGUAAUUAUGGAGUAGAAUUCAUAGAAGCGACCAGAUGGAUAAAACAGAACUUACCUGGUGCCAAGGUCAGCGGCGGUGUCUCUAACUUCUCCUUUUCAUUUCGUGGAAUGGAGAAAAUCAGAGAGGCUAUGCAUAGUGUGUUCCUAUAUCACGCUAUAAAAGCAGGUCUCGACAUGGGAAUUGUGAAUGCUGGAUUUCUGACAAUUUACGAUGACAUUCCCAAGGAUCUUUUGCAAUUAUGUGAAGAUGCGUUGUGGAAUCGAGAUCCUGAAGUGACAGAGAAAAUUUUAGCAUAUGCGCAAAAAUAUGGUAAAGAUUCUAAGAAAGAAGAGACAGAAGAAGAAUGGAGGAAAAACGAUGUAAAAUCAAGAAUUAGUUACGCAUUAGUGAAAGGAAUUGUAAAGUAUAUCAUUGAAGAUACAGAGGAAGCUAGAAAAAUGUAUAAGAGACCACUGGAGGUUAUUGAAGGUCCUUUAAUGAAUGGCAUGAGUACGGUCGGUGAUCUUUUUGGUGCAGGUAAAAUGUUUUUGCCACAGGUCAUCAAAUCCGCACGUGUAAUGAAAAAAGCGGUUGCACAUUUAAUUCCUUAUAUGGAAGCUGAGCGCAAUGCGAAUCGUGCAGCGAAUGGUGUUGAUGCAGACAAUAGUCCAGAGUAUGCUGGUACUGUAAUUUUAGCCACGGUGAAAGGAGAUGUUCACGAUAUUGGCAAAAAUAUUGUAGGCGUUGUGCUUGGUUGUAAUAAUUAUAAGGUUGUUGACCUGGGUGUUAUGACUCCGUGCGAAAAGAUCAUCGAAAAAGCUCUCACAGAGAAGGCGGAUAUUAUCGGUUUGUCUGGUUUGAUUACUCCAUCGCUGGAUGAAAUGAUUACCGUUGCAAGAGAAAUGGAAAGACGUGGAUUAAAGAUUCCACUAUUAAUAGGUGGUGCAACCACAUCUAAAGCCCACACAGCUGUGAAAAUUUCUCCCCGGUAUAGUCAGCCUACUAUUCAUGUGUUAGAUGCCUCUAAAAGUGUUGUAGUGGUAUCUAAUCUUUUGGAUAGUAAAUCAAAAGAAGAAUUCUGGGAAGAUAUUGCCGAUGAGUACGAAGAAAUACGCGAAGACCAUUAUGCUUCAUUGCAAGAUCGUAAAUAUUUGACGUUGAAAGCUGCGAGGGAGCAAUCAUUCAAGAUCAACUGGGAGAUUUGCCCCCCUCCGCUUAAACCUUCAUUUAUCGGGAAAAGGGUCUUUGACCAUUAUGAUUUAAAAAAGAUUUCAGAAUAUAUCGACUGGAAUCCAUUCUUCCAAGUUUGGCAACUGAGAGGAAGAUAUCCUAAUCGAGGAUUUCCGAAGAUAUUCAAUGAUGAACAUGUUGGGGCGGAAGCGAAAAAAAUAUACGAUGAAGCGCUUGUUUUUAUUAAAAAAAUUAUUGAUAAGAAAUUAUUUGUAGCCAGAGGCAUCGUUGGAAUUUACCCCGCUAAUAGCGUUGGUGAUGAUAUUCAGGUUUUUGAAGAUGAGUCACGGUCUAAAGUUUCGGCUACAUUCUUUGGUUUGAGACAACAAGCACAAAAGGAGCCUGGUGAACCGUACUUCUGCCUUUCUGAUUUUAUAGCACCUAAAGCAUCCGGAAUAUCCGAUUAUCUAGGAUUAUUUGCAGUUGGUAUAUUCGGGUCAGAAGAGUUAUGCAAAAAAUAUCAGGAAGAUCACGAUGAUUAUAACUCCAUUAUGACGAAAGCAUUGGCUGAUCGAUUUGCUGAAGCAUUUGCUGAAUGUUUGCACGAAGAUAUCCGAAAGAAAUUAUGGGGUUAUGACCCAAAUGAAAAUUUAACAUUGAAUGAUAUGUUAAGUGUGAAAUAUCAAGGUAUCAGACCAGCACCAGCGUAUCCCUCACAACCAGAUCAUAGGGAAAAAAUCACGAUGUGGAAUUUGAUGAAUGUUCAUGAAGAAAUUGGAGUUGAAUUAACGGAAGGCUUAGCUAUGUUACCUGCCGCUAGUGUCUCUGCUUUGGUAUUUGCAAAUUCCGAGUCUCGGUAUUUCGCUGUUGGAAAGAUUGGCAAAGACCAGAUUAAGGAUUACACUGAACGCGUUAAUAAGGAUCUUGAUGAAACUGAGAAAUGGCUCCGACCAAUUUUAAAUUAUG